UUUGGGACCAGGAAUGUCUCACAGUGUUCUUCUACACCAGACUCUUGAAGAGAUUUUUUAAAAAAAGCCGGAGAAAAGUACCGUGUUUAUGUGUUUGAUAUGUGAAUGGCAGUGUGUUGUGACCCCCACGGAACAGUUAACCGGUGCUAAGUUUUUUUUCUCUUCAUAUUAUCUACAAUAUCGCACAGAGAAAUUGAACCGCGAAUGGAUAGCGAUCUAAUGAAAAAUAAUCAAGUAUAAUAACUAAAUUGAUCUGAUAUGAUAGUCUCUAACUCAAUACGCGCAAGUCAGUGAUUUUCUUCAGAGUUUAUCAUUUUCCUUCCAUCAUUAAGUGACAGUGUUUAACUUCUGGUUUUCCAACUUGUAAUUACUCAUACAGCAAAUCUCGCAUGUUUUGUUGUUUCUUUUAUAUUUUUUUGCUGCGACAAACAGUUGAAACAGAAGGUGAAAAAGAGAUUUAUGAAUUAAUCUAUUAAACUUUCUGUGCACACAUCAAGAAUUGGCUGUGACGUGGUUUGAAAAAAGAUAAAAGAAAAAAAAAUAAAAGUGAUUAAGACAAAUAGCCAGUAAAAUAAAGCACAACAGUAGGUGGAUAAAAAAUAUUUUCCCACAGUGAUAUAUGUUUUAUGUUUAUGAUCUUGUUGAUCAUCAUCCAAUAAAAUACAAUCGGAAAAUUACACGAGAGAAAAAUCAACAAGAAAAAAGUUCCAAAGGUGAUUUGUUGCGGUAAUCGCAAUGAGAGGAUCGCUGUGAUCUUUUUUUUUUGGGGAAAAACCAUCACAGUUGGAUGCAUAAAGAAUGAGCAGCGUUCUUGCAGAAACUUUAAGUGGACACCUUGGACGACAAUUACUUCACUGGGCCGGAUCCCAGACAGAUCUCUGGUACUUGCUGUACCGUUGUGUUACCCUUGUCCAAAAGAUUCACGAACCCCUGGAACGAGGAGUUGCAGUCCUGGACAAUUUUCUUACACUGGAGGAAGAGGAGGCAGGUGGACUGGGUGGAUAUUAUGCUGUUGGUGUUCUUCCCAACAACAUUCACCUGUGCCACCAAAAUCAACAACAGGAGAAUGUGCAACGACCCGAAGGUCAUCCAAAUGCACUCCACAAUUUAUUCUUCUUGGAGGAAACCCUCAACAACGGCCUCCCACUGUCUCCACCACAUAACAGUGUUCUAAUGCAGCGUGAAAAUAUGCAAGUGAUGCAGCCCUGCAGCGCCCCAUCUUCUCCUUUGGCAUCUCCGGGUGCCCUCAAUGUCACUUCCUUUAGUUUGCCAUCAACGACCGGGGGCGCUUUUACAGUCAUCGACACAGGAGAUCCCAAUUGGCAAGCUACAAAGCCAACAGUCCGCGAAAGGAAUGCCGCAAUGUUCAACAAUGAGCUCAUGGCUGACAUCAAGUUUAUCGUGGGAACGGAUGAUCAUAUUCAGACCGUUCCUGCCCACAAAUACGUAUUGGCAACCGGAAGUUCAGUCUUCUAUGCCAUGUUCUAUGGUGGUUUAGCUGAGAACAAGUCAGAAAUUCGUGUGCCAGAUGUUGAACCAUCGGCCUUCCUCACCCUACUCAAGUACCUAUACUGUGAUGAAAUUCACCUGGAGGCAGACAAUGUACUUGCCACGCUCUACGUUGCCAAAAAGUACAUUGUACCCCAUCUGGCGAGAGCCUGUGUCAAUUAUCUCGAGACUAGUCUUACGGCAAAAAAUGCCUGUCUCCUCCUCAGUCAGUCCCGGCUGUUUGAGGAGCCGGAUCUCAUGCAACGCUGCUGGGAAGUUAUCGAUGCUCAGGCGGAGAUGGCAAUAAAAUCUGAAGGAUUUGUGGAUAUCGAUCUUAAGACAUUUGAAUCAAUCUUAAGUCGAGAGACACUCAAUUGCAAGGAGAUUAAUUUAUUUGAAGCAGCUCUAAAUUGGGCUCAAUCGGCAUGUUGUAAGAUGGACAUUGAUCCAACGCCACAGAAUAGGCGAAAUGUCUUAGGACAGGCCCUAACAAUGAUACGCAUUCCAACUAUGACCCUUGAGGAAUUUGCCAAUGGAGUAGCUCAAUUGGGAAUUUUAACACCGCAAGAGACAAUUGACAUUUUCUUGCAUUUUACGGCCAAAAAUAAGCCAAAUCUCAGUUUCUCUAGCAAACCGAGGACAGGACUUAAGACUCAGGUUUGCCAUAGAUUCCAAUCAUGUGCUUACCGAAGCAAUCAAUGGCGCUACCGAGGACGCUGUGACUCUAUCCAAUUUUCCGUGGACAAGAGAAUCUUCAUCAUUGGCUUUGGUCUGUACGGAUCAUCAACCGGGGCAGCGGAUUACAAUGUGAAAAUUGAAUUGAAACGUUUGGGACGGAUUUUGGCUGAAAAUAGCACAAAAUUCUUCUCAGACGGUUCCAGCAACACCUUUCACGUUUUCUUCGAGAACCCCAUUCAGAUCGAACCCGAUUCCUACUACACAGCCUCCGUGAUCCUCGACGGCAGCGAAUUGAGCUUCUUCGGGCAAGAAGGCAUGACUGAGGUGUGCAUGGGCAAUGUCACAUUCCAAUUUCAGUGCUCCAGUGAGAGUACAAAUGGAACAGGAGUUCAGGGUGGUCAGAUCCCAGAACUCAUCUUCUACGGACCAAUGAAUAGUCAGGGCCAAAUUGGUGCUGCUGCUGUCAGCACAACAAGUCUCAGCAACAACAACACUCCAUCGACAAUCAUUGGCAAUAACAAUGGAGAAGAUUAGAGAGGAAGACAUGUGAAUUUCUCAUUAGAAAUAAAUGACACAAUCACACAAAAAAGAAAAGAAUGAUGCAGACACAAUUUUUACAAAGGUUUCUCGAAUCUAUGUGAUCUUAAAAAAAAUGAGGGAAGAAAGAUUGGGGAGAAGGUGAGAAGAGUUGCUUGAAAAAAAAUACACAAAAAAUAUUACAAAUCAAUAAAAAAGAUUUAUAUAUCUGAAGCACAAAA